CACGCAGCAGAAAGGAAAAAAGAGGAAGGCAAUGGCAAAAACAGUAGAGGAAGAUAAGCAACAAAAAGCAUUUGGUUGGGCUGCUACAGAUCCAUCCGGAACCCUCUCCCCUUUCUAUUUCUCCAGAAGGGAAAAUGGUGAUGAGGAUGUCACUUUAAAGAUUCUUUAUUGUGGAGUGUGCCACUCAGACCUGCAUAUUCUCAAAAAUGACUGGGGUUUCACCUCUUACCCUAUUGUUCCUGGGCAUGAAAUUGUUGGUGUUGCUACAAAAGUAGGGAAGAAUGUGACAAAAUUCAAAGUUGGUGAUCGCGUUGGGGUUGGAGUUUUAGUUGGCUCCUGCAAGACAUGUGAAUGCUGCCAGCAGGAUCUGGAGAACUAUUGCCCUCGGUUAAUAUUUACCUAUAACUCUCACAAUCCAGAUGGGACAAAAAAUUAUGGUGGUUAUUCGGAUAUGAUCGUGGUCGACCAGCGCUAUGUGCUAUUGUUUCCUGAUAACUUGCCACUGGAUGCGGGUGCACCAUUGUUAUGUGCAGGGAUCACAGUGUACAGCCCUAUGAAAUAUUAUGGAAUGACAGAGGCAGGAAAGCAUCUUGGUGUUGCCGGGCUUGGUGGGCUUGGUCAUGUUGCUGUCAAGAUUGCUAAGGCCUUUGGGUUGAAAGUCACUGUCAUUAGUAGCUCUGCUCAGAAGGAGUCUGAAGCAAUCGAUAGGCUUGGGGCUGACUCAUUCCUCGUUUCCAGUGAUCCUGCAAAAAUCAAGUCAGCUAUUGGCAGCAUGGACUAUAUAAUUGACACAGUGUCUGCAGCUCAUCCCCUACUUCCAUUGCUUAGUCUGCUGAAAGUGAAUGGAAAAUUGGUCACUUUGGGAUUGCCUAAUAAGCCACUGGAAUUGCCUGUUUUUCCUUUAGUUUCCGGACGGAAACUUGUCGGAGGAAGUGAUUUCGGAGGGAUGAAAGAAACUCAGGAGAUGCUAGAGUUUUGUGCCAAGCACAAUAUAGCUGCAGAUAUCGAGCUGAUUCGGAUAGAUGAGAUCAACACUGCCAUGGAAAGGCUAGCAAAAUCUGAUGUCAGAUACCGUUUUGUGAUCGAUGUGGCAAAUUCCUUGUCGCAGUAGGGUUCAUUGCUGAUGAACUAGUUUGAUACUUUAUAUAAUAAGUUAUUACGAUAUGGUAUAAUCCAAAUAAAACAGGAACUUGGAUGGCUUGGGACAUGUGUUGGUCCCCUGCAAUCUCUAUGCUCUUACAGUUGUUCUAUGCUCCAAGGAACAAAACUGUCGUUUAGUGGCACCCCAUUUGUACUUUCUGUCGAAUUUUGAUACUUUUGUUUCAAUUUUGUCGAAA